AUGACGCUUCAAACACUCGCCCUCGCCGCUAUAGCGGUCGUAUACUUUGUCAUUCGCUUUUUAAACCGCACCGAUACUCCCAAGAUCAAGGGUCUUCCCGAAAUUCCAGGUGUGCCCCUCUUCGGCAACCUGCUACAAUUAGGCGACAAGCACGCAACAGUAGCAGCAAAGUGGGCGAAGAAAUUUGGCCCUGUCUUCCAGGUUCGCAUGGGAAACAAGCGCAUCGUCUUCGCCAACAGCUUCGACUCCGUGCGCCAACUUUGGAUCAAGGACCAGUCUGCUCUCAUCUCCCGACCUACCUUCCAUACUUUCCACAGCGUCGUUUCUAGUUCGCAAGGAUUCACAAUUGGUACAUCGCCUUGGGAUGAGUCCUGCAAGCGUCGUCGCAAGGCGGCAGCUACUGCUCUGAACCGACCUGCCGUGCAGUCUUAUAUGCCCAUCAUUGAUCUCGAGUGCAACACCAGUAUCAAGGAGCUCUACCGGGACAGUAAGAACGGUACCUGUGAUGUCAACCCCACGGCAUACUUCCAGCGAUUUGCGCUCAACACCAGUCUGACUCUCAACUAUGGACUCCGUAUCGAGGGCAAUGUCGAUGAUCAACUGCUUCAUGAGAUCGUGGACGUCGAGCGUGGCGUUUCCAACUUCCGCAGUACAUCAAACAACUGGCAGGACUACAUUCCACUGCUGCGUAUUUUCCCUAAGAUGAAUACCGAGGCUGAGGAAUUCCGUGUUCGCCGCGACAAGUACUUGACACACCUCCUGAAUAUGCUGAAGGACCGUAUUGCCAAGGGCACUGACAAGCCUUGCAUUACUGGAAACAUCAUUAAGGACCCCGAGGCAAAGCUAAAUGAGGCUGAGGUGAAAUCGAUCUGUCUGACUAUGGUUUCUGCUGGACUUGAUACCGUUCCUGGCAAUCUGAUUAUGGGCAUCGCAUACUUGGCAUCGGAAGAUGGACAAAGAAUCCAGAAGAAGGCAUACGACGAAAUCAUGGCUGUGUACCCCGAUGGUGAUGCCUGGGAGAAGUGCCUAGUCGAGGAGAAGGUUCCUUAUGUCACAGCUUUGGUCAAGGAGAUCCUGCGAUUCUGGACCGUCAUCCCUAUCUGCCUGCCCCGUGAAUCAACCAAGGACAUUGUUUGGCAAGGCGCGACCAUCCCAGCCGGCACAACAUUCUUUAUGAACGCCUAUGCCGCUGAUUACGACGAAGACCACUUCAAGGAUGCUACCAAGUUUAUUCCUGAGCGCUACCUCGAAAUGGGCGAAGGAUCCGGUACACCCCACUACGGCUACGGAGCCGGUUCCCGGAUGUGUGCUGGCUCGCACCUGGCAAACCGCGAACUCUUCACGGCUUUUAUCCGCCUGAUCACUGCCUUUGAGAUGAAGCCAUCGAAGCAGAUGAGCGAUAGACCUGUUCUGGAUUGCAUUGAUUGCAAUGCCAUUCCUACUGCCUUGACAACAGAGCCUAAGCCUUUCAAGGUCGGAUUCGUUGCUCGCGACCCUAAACUAUUGGAGAAGUGGAUUGCCGAGAGUGAUGAGCGGACUAAGGAUCUGUGA